AUGCGCGCAGCAUCCCGCCAUGAAGGCAUUCGAGCUGCUGGGGCUGGGCGCGCAGGACAGUGUGCAGACGCGCGAGUGGGGGAGGUUCGCUCUUCUCCAACCCCCUUCCUUUCCCCCCACCUCCCCCCCCCCCCCCCCCCCCCUCCUCUGCGCGCAGCCAUGGAGGCAUUCGAGCUGCUGGGGCUGGGCUCGCAGGACACGAUGCAGUACGCGCGCGCGGGGGGAGGGGGGGUCGCUCUUCCCCACCUCUCUUCUUUUCCCCUCUACCCCCUUCCCCCCACCUUCCCCCCCUCCCCUCCCGCCCCCCUGCACGCAGCCAUGAAGGCAUUCGCGCUGCUGGGGCUGGGCGCGCAGGACACAGUGCAGUAUGCGCGCGUGGGGGAGGUGGGGGGCGACGGCGCAGGGGACAACGACCACGACCUCGACCCCCUCGACCACGACAGCCACAACCACGUCGCCAGCUCCGCGGGGGGCGCGUCUCUGCGCACGCCUGAGAGUCCCCCUGCGCAGAAGCAGCAGCAGCAGCAGCAGCAGCAAGCUGAGCGCGCUGCUGAGGGAGCGCUGGAUCAGGAGAUGGCGGGCAGUGGGCGGGGGGGGGGGGGGGGGGGGGGAGGGGGACGAGGGGGGAGUGGUGUGGGGGAGGUGCGGAGGCCGCGGCAGGAUGCUGCUGCGCCCUGGGACGAUGGCGCUCACAUGUACGUUCGAAGCGCAAGGAUCGGGCGCUUCCCUCACAUGUACGUUCGACGCACCCGCUUUCGCCCGUCGCACUCCCUUCCGCGUGCCGGCACUCCCUUCCGCCCGUCGCCCUCCCUAGCGCCCAUCGCACUCCCUUCCGCCAUCGCCCUCCCUUACGCCCGUCGCCAGUCGCCAUGCCUUCCGCCCGUCGCCCUCCCUUCCGCCCGUCGCCCUCCCUUCCGCCCGUCGCCCUCUCUUCUGCCCGUCACCCUCCCUUCGUCUCGUCACCCUCCCUUCCUCCCAUUUCCCUCCCGACCACCCGCCGCCCUACCUUCCCCUCGUCGCGCUCCCUUCCGCCCGUUGCCCCCUUUUGUCACGCCGCGCUCCCUGCUGCUCAUCGCCCUCCCGCUCUUCCCCUCGCAAUCCCCGUAUCUCUCUCCCCUCAUCGCCCGUCACUGUCGCCAUCCCUCCCUUCUCCCUUCCCAACUCCUCUCUCCCCGGCAUCUCCCCCACUCCCCACGUCCUGCUUCCCCCCAUCCUCUUCACUGUUUCCCCUGGGUUUCCCGCGCUGCUUCCCCCCAUCCCCUUCCCUGCUUCCCCACAUCCCCUUCCCUGCUUUCCCCCAUCCCCUUCCCUUCUUCCCCCCAUCCCGUUCCCUGCUUCCCCAUGUCCCCUUCCCUUCCUCCCAUCCCCUUCCCUUCUUCCCCCCAUCCCUUUACAUGCUUCCUCCCAUCUCCUUCCCUACUUCCUCCCAUCCCUUCCCUUCUUCCCCCCAUCCCUUUACCUGCUUCCCCCCAUCCCCUUCCUUGCUUCCCCCCAUCCCCUUCCAUGCUUCCCCCCAUCCCCUUCCCUGCUUCCCCCCAUCCCCUUCCCUUCUUCCCCCCGUCCCCUUCCCUGCUUCCCCAUGUCCAAUUCCCUUCUUCCCCCCAUCCCCUUCCCUGCUUCUCCCCAUCCCCUUCCCUUUUCCCCCCCAUCCCCUUCCCUGCUUCCCCAUGUUCCCUUCCCUGCUUCCCCCCAUCCCCUUCCCUUCUUCCCCCCAUACCUUUACCUGCUUCCCCCCAUCUCCUUCCCUGCUUCCUCCCAUCCCUUCCCUUCUUCCCCCCAUCCCUUUACCUGCUUCCCCCCAUCCCCUUCCCUGUUUCCCCCCAUCCCCUUCCCUGCUUCCCCCCAUCCCCUUCCCUGCUUCCCCCCAUCCCCUUCCCUGCUUCCCCCCAUCCCCUUCCCUGCUUCCCCCCAUCCCCUUCCCUGCUUCCCCGUGUCCCCAUCCCUGCUUCCCCCCAUCCCCUUCCCUUCUUCCCCCCAUCCCCUUCCCUGCUUCCCCCCAUCCCCUUCCCUGCUUCCCCAUGUCCCCUUCCCUGCUUCCCCCCAUCCCCUUCCCUGCGUCCCAACAUCCCUUUCUCUGCUUCCCCCCAUCCCCUUCCCUUCUUCCCCCCAUCCCUUUACCUUCUUCCCCGUGUCCCCUUCCCUGCUUCCCCGUGUCCCCUUCCCUGCUUCCCCCCAUCCCCUUCCCUUCUUUCCCAUGUCCCUUUCCCUGCUUCCCCCCAUCCCCUUCCCUGCUUUCCCAUGUCCCUUUCCUUGCUUCCCCCCAUCCCCUUCCCUGCUUCCCCCCAUCCCGUUCCCUUCUUCCCACCAUCCCUUUACCUGCUUCCCCCCAUCUCCUUCCCUGCUUCCUCCCAUCCCCUUCCCUUCUUCCCCCCAUCCCUUUACCUGCUUCCCCCCAUCCCCUUCCCUGCUUCCCCCCAUCCCCUUCCCUGCUUCCCCAUUUCGCUUUCCCUGCUUCCCCCCAUCCCCUUCCCUGCUUUCCGAUGUCCCUUUCCCUGCUUCCCCCCACCCCCUUCCCUUCUUCCCCCCAUCCCUUUCCCUGCUUGA